UGGAGCCAGGGGUGGAAGAACUGAUAAAUUCUCCAGGUCACCGUCCCAGCGACUCCUGGCUGUGACUCCAACUCCUAACCCUUGGACCACAGUUGUACCUGUCACACAUACGCAGAGCAACAAAACCGACCAUCAGCACCGACUUCCGAAACUUCAGGAGAAAAACUCAGCCAACUUUCUUCAACAACCACCCCCAUCACCGAGCCCCCCCCCCCGCCCUUCCCUCACUUCCGUCGGAGUGUUUGGGGGUAUCACAUCUGCUCAGAACUGAAACAACUGUACAACUUGCCUGAAGUCAGCUAGCCUACGUGGAUUUACCUAAAAGUGGUCACACAUUUCCUUUAAAAAUAGAUUUUCAUUUCCCCCUUCUCCCUCUCCUCCUCCUCCUCUCCCCCUUCCCCUCCUCUCGCCCCCCUGUCGGCAACGCACAGGAAAAUCUGGGAACUGAACGCCUUUAAAAAUGAGCACGUUGGCUGGACCCGUCCCAAGAAUGAUGCGGCCAGCCCCGGGACAGAAUUACCCUCGCAGCGGCGGGUUCCCACUGGAAGUGUCAACGCCUUUAGGUCAAGGGAGAGUGAACCAGCUCGGAGGAGUUUUUAUAAAUGGCCGGCCUCUGCCAAAUCACAUCAGGCACAAGAUAGUAGAAAUGGCCCAUCACGGCAUCAGACCGUGUGUCAUCUCCCGGCAACUGAGGGUCUCCCAUGGUUGUGUCUCUAAAAUCCUGUGCAGAUACCAGGAGACGGGUUCCAUCAGACCAGGUGCCACUGGGAGCAAACCCAGGCAAAUGGCAAUACCAGACGUGGAAAAAAAGAUUGAGGAAUACAAGAAAGAGAAUCCUGGAAUGUUUAGUUGGGAAAUCCGGGAUAAGUUGUUGAAAGACGGCAUGUGUGAUAGGAACACCAUUCCUUCAGUGAGUUCAAUAAGUCGCAUUCUGAGGAGUAGAUUCGGAAAGAAAGAGGAGGAAGAGGAAGACUGUGAAAGGAAGGAAUAUGAAGACUGCGAUAAAAAGACCAAACACAGCAUAGACGGCAUUCUGGCCAGCAAGGCAAAUAAUUCAGAUGAGGCAUCAGAUAUUGACUCAGAGCCAGACCUGCCUCUGAAGAGGAAACAGCGUCGUAGUCGCACAACAUUUACAGCAGAACAGUUAGAGGAAUUAGAAAGAGCAUUUGAAAGAACUCACUAUCCGGAUAUCUACACUCGAGAGGAACUUGCACAGAGAGCUAAACUUACAGAAGCACGAGUGCAGGUUUGGUUCAGCAAUCGCCGAGCUCGUUGGAGAAAACAAGCAGGAGCCAAUCAACUACUGGCAUUUAAUCACCUGAUUCCUGGAGGAUUCCCACCCACAGCAAUGCCAGCACUGUCUCCUUAUCAGCUGUCUGAUGCCAGUUAUCCUCCUACAUCCAUACCACAGGCAAUCUCAGAUCCAAGCAACACAGUUCACAGGCCACAGCCUCUGCCUCCAACAUCAGUUCACCAAAGCAGCCUCCCUUCGACUCCAGACAGCAGUUCUGCUUAUUGCUUAUCCACCAGCAGGCAUGGAUUUUCAGGGUACACAGACAGCUUUGUGUCUCCUGCAGGUUCUACCAAUCCCAUGAACCCAACGGUUAGCAACGGCCUCUCACCUCAGGUAAUGGGUCUCCUGGCAAAUCCUGGUGGUGUUCCACACCAACCACAAACUGACUAUGCUCUAUCACCACUAACUGGAGGUCUGGAACCUUCCACUUCAGUUUCUGCCAGCUGUAGUCAGCGGCUGGAUCCUAUGAAACCUCUUGACAGCUUACCCACCACUCAAUCAUAUUGCCCAUCAACUUAUAGCUCCUCAGGUUACAGCAUGGAUCCAGUUGCAGGAUACCAGUAUGGACAAUAUGGGCAAAGUAAGUGCCAUGUAAAUCUAAGCAAUACGUUUACCUAUAAAAAUGCUUACCCACCCCAUCCUUCAUCAAUUUGUAUAAAAAUGUGUGACUCAGUGUACAAACUUUGAUGACUGUAAAUUUCAGUAUAAAUUACUAGUCUUGUAUACAAAUAUGUUUUGAAAUAAUUGCAAAAUAAAUUGUUCAUUUAGUAUGUUUUGGCACACAGUGCAAAUCCUAGCCACAUGCACAAAGUGAACAUGCAGAGGUUAAUAGGAAAAUGUUAGUCUUCAGUCAACAUUCUAAGUUGUUUCGAAGGAACCAUGACAAAGGGAAGGAUCACUAUCACCUUCAAGAAACUUCAGAAUUAAAUUAUAUUAAAUUUGAGAAAGAAAAGUUGGUGUUUUUCUGUACUAUGUAGUUGUGUUAAACUGAAAACAAAAUGCCUCACCCUGCAUUAGGAUAGCAUACUAAACAUUGGAAGUUUCUGUAUUUUGGCCGGAUUUCGUUCAACCUUUUCCCCCUUUAGUUCUAAUAGGCUGCCAAAAAUCUGGAGCUGUAGAAAUGCUUAACCUCAUGGCUGUAAAUGUCUGCCUUCAUAGCAUGCGGCCAGAUGAUUCUUUAUUUCUUACACUAUCUGGGCUUUGGCUUUGAUUAAUAAAUAAAAAAAACAUUGCUGUUUAAUUAUUUAAAGGCUGUCCUUUAAUAGUGUUAAACCAGUUUUUUUUUGAAAGAAAUAUUUGCUUUUAACUGUCCUAAGCAAAGCUUAGCCAACAUUGCUGCUGCAUUAUUUUCUACAUACAUGACACAAUAUUUGUUCUUCCCUGGUGUGCCAUCCAAAAUUUCACCCCAUUAUUUUCAAUCUCAAUUUUUAUUGGAAGAGAAAUUUGCUAAGUCAUAUCGUGAUUUACUUCAGAAAGACUCGUUUUAUUCAUGAUUCAAUGCAGAGAAUGAAAUCUGUCUGAUUUUUUAUUAAUGUACUAUUUAAUGUAUUUAAUCAAAUUCAAUGUAUGUUAUUUGGCCAGUCACCAAUUUCUUUAAGAUUUACAGGUCUAAAGUGCCAUUAAAAAAAACAGGAGAAAGUUACAAGACCGCAUUAGCUAGUGAGCAGAGUAGAAUUUCAACCUGUGAAUAGUUUUGCACAUCAUACUUAUUUUAUACUUACGAAGGCUUAAAGAUGUUGCAAAUGAUAAGAUCACAUGAAUUGAAAAUUUUUCUUCCUAAGCAACUGAGAAUCCAAAUAAAUCUGUUAUUCCGAUUACAAAGGGACUGUUGGUUCGAAAAGGAAAGUUGGGACAAAAGAAAUAAAAGUUUAUUUUGGGAAGAAGCAGCUUCAUAAUAUUGAACUCACUGGAAAGGCAACAAAUUGGGCUAAAUUGAUUAGAUAAUGCGUACAAAAUAUCGUCAAAAAUAUAUUGCCAUGCACUUAAAAGUUUUUGCCUAUUUCUAAUAAAACAGUUUUGUUGACAGGCUGAGUUAAAGUACUACAUAUAAUUAUUUUCAGUGCAGUCAGCAGCAUCUUGAUACGAUUAAUUGCUGAGACCUAAUAUAUGCUUGCCAUUUAUGUAGAACCUAAGGCCAAGGUCUGUCAAAAAAUAAAACAGCCACUGGAAUGUCACUAUUAAAAACACAUGUUCCGAUAAAACCCAAAUCAGGCAUCAUCUUGGACAAUAUUCCUGGAUCCGUGUGGUACUGUCAAACUUGUCCUAGUAUAAACGAAGUAACCCACAUAGUUUUGGCAGGUCAUGAUUAGCCCUGACAACAUUGUACCUGCAUUUGACAUGGCCCCUUGCAACGAUGUUGUCACAAGAAGAAUUCCUAAGUUUCUUUUACUUCCAUUACAGGUGCCUUUCAUUAUCUGAAGCCAGAUAUAGCAUGAGUGAAAAUUUCCAUAAAAAGUUGAAACGACCCUUGUUCUGGACCCACAAACAUAAUGGGACUAUGGUACCCACAACGGUUGGAUUCCCCAGAAACAAGCCAAAUCUUGUCUUUUUUUGAUAAUGGUUUUCAUUUGUGAUCAAAGGAAGAGUCCCUUGUUCUAAGUUUUGGUAUAAAUAUUACUUCUGUUGCCUUAGACGUUGGCUCUUCUAUUUAGAGAAGGAGAAAAUUAAUUCUCACUCGUGGCCCUCACAGAUGAUUCAGGAUUUAUGGCAAGCUUUCAGUAAAUGAUGAGUAAGAAAUCUUUCCAACUUAUUGCCACUAUAAUGGAAUAAUGUGAAUUUCUCAAGCAUUCAAUAUUAUAUAUAUAUUUGUGUGAGUUGAUCAGAAUUAUAGCGAAAUACUGAUUUAUAAUUUUAUUGGUGACUAUUAAUUCUUGUGAGCAUUCCUAAGGACCAUUCUCAGAAAACAAAAGAAAUUCUGCUUAAAAAAUCGUGUUCAUUUAAAUGUGAAAGACAUGGCUUUUGCAAUCAAAUCCAAAAUAUAGUAGCCGUCUACAGCGUUAAUUUUUAUUUACUGGUUACCUAUGUAUCAAAACCUACUUGUUUGUUCAACAACGGCUCAUUGAUUCUCAUUAAAUUGUGAUAUGCUCACUUUGGCUUAUCUCCAAAAUUAACUUGAAGGGCACACUUCACUGAUCAUUUGAAGAAUUGUUUGCCAUGAUUAUAGAUGAAAUGAUUACAAUGGAAAAGUUUUGAAAUAGCUGUCAAUGACAAAACAGCACUGAAACAAGCAGCUUUUCAUUCCUUUCAAAUCUAAAUGCUUUCCUCGCCAGCUGUUCUACUUUCUGCCUCCUCCAAUGACAGUUCAAAAUGAUUAGGAUAAAGCACCAAGGUAACAUGAAGGGAGGUUUUUGUUUAGUCAGAAAUAAAUGGGGCUGUUUAAAAGUUCCAUAAUUACGUAAAUGACCAAAAUGUAUUCAAUGCAGAAAGAACAAAAGCAACCAACUAACUCCACCUUUAGUGAUGAAACAGCAAUGUGCAAUAUUAUGUACUUCUGUGUCUACUAUGGUACUUCUUGAAAGUAUUGGACUGUAUUCAAUUUUUCUUGACAUCAUUGUAAUUUUAUUGGUUAACUAUAUAAGGUGUUUACUGGCAGGUACUUUGUGCAUCACAAUGGAUGUACAAGAGCUGAGCAAAAUAUACAUUUCGUUGGUAUUGUACAUAAAUUCUUACAUGUAAAA